AUAAAGGAUGUAAAGAUAAAGUAUUUCGUGAUAUUUGUUUACAUGCUAUGAAUCUUUGGAAAAAUUUUGAUGGAAAUGCAAAUAAAAAUUUUAAUGAAGAAGAACUUGAAACUAUAGUUAAUGAAAUAUCAGAAAGUUUAAUUGAUGAUA